UGACUACAUUACAACUCCAUCCAUGGAAAAUGAUAUGCACACGUUCCUAAUCCCACGUCCCUUUUGGGUUAAUGACUUGGAUCAAACGAAUUGUCACUCGUGCAACAAUGCUUUUGGGCCGCUGCGAAGAAGGCAUCACUGUAGACAAUGUGGUAACAUCUUCUGCCACGACUGCUCCAGUCGGAGUAUUCCGCUCCCGCAGUUGGGGUACGGAACCCGACCUGUUCGUGUAUGCAAUCAAUGCCUAGAAGUUGCUUAUCUAGUCACCUACAUUAUUGAUGAGGAUCAUGGGUCAACCACGCAGAUUCAUGGAGCGAGAGGUCUUUUGGAAGUCGUAGAGAGAGAUAAUGACCAAGAUCUGGCCAAACUUGUACAAAAUGGAGGUGUUGAUGCCUUAAUAUGGCUGUGUCGAUCUCAGCGGGAUAGCGAAUUGCAUUUCUUUGCCACAUCGGCGUUAGCCAUUCUUUCUGAGAAAGAAUCCAUUCGGCCCGUCAUCAUUACUAAAAGUGCCUUGCGACCUUUGAUCCAGCUAAUGGCCUUGUACUUGAGUAAACCCAUGCCUCUUGACAAUAAAGAAGCGGAUAAGGUAUCGUCUCCGAUCAUCAGGGAAGAUGUCCGAUUGGAGGUGCUACUAAAUUGCAGCCAUGUCAUUUUUCAACUUGGUCGUGCCGCCAUGUUGACUUCACAAGAAAUCCGCAGUGACGGAGCAUUCAUCACCCUUUUACAGCUGGCGGAUUUUCAUUAUACCCCACUCACUGAAGACACUGAAAACAGUGAAAAGCCAAUCGAUAUGCAAGCUUUGCUGGAUAGAGAACAAAUGAUUCAGAGUGUAGCUGCUAAAGGCAUUUCGGCUAUCUGUGCUACGGUGUCCAAUCAGCCUGCUAUUUUUGAGGUGAUAAACAACCCAGACCAGUUAACGAGUUUAUUGGAGAGCAGCAAUUCUCUAGUCACCAAGUACAUUGCUAAAGCUAUUGCGUACCUCUCCUUACGAAACGAUAAAUACAAAUCACAAUUGCUGCAGGGAAAAGGUGCCAAAAUACUGGUGCAAAAGUUGAAAGUUACGGCGGCGGAUCAGGACACAAACAAUGUGGCGGACAAGGCGUCGUCGGACGAAACCAACUCUGACCAAACCUCGGAUUUAGAAAUGUCUAUGGUGGCCAACCUAUGCUGUGCUAUUGCCAACUUUGCUACGAAUGGCGAGUCACAGCAGCGACUUAUGACCCAACCACAUCUCCUCCAAAACCUUUGUGCGACAGCCGCUCUCUAUUCCAGUAACACCGAAAUCCAUCGCCAUAUAGCGCGAUGCUUUGCUAACUUUGCACUUUAUGACACCAAUCGCAAGAGUAUGCUGCAUCAGGCAAACAAGAAAAAGAACGUGACCUAUAAUGUGAUACCUACUCUACUAGCCAUAGGACAAUCGGCCAUCGUGACACCGGAUGUUCAGAGACAUGUGGUUAGAGCAAUUGAUAACCUUAGCAACCAAGGAAACCCCCCCAAUUUCAUUUCAUGUAGAAAUAACCGAGCAACAUCGAUCGACAUUUGCAGAAUCCCUACCUUUAUUGAAGGCAUGGAUGAAGGAUAAUCCUGAUGCAGACUUGGUUAAACGCGCCGAGACCAUAUGUUGUCGUUUUGAAUAAAAUAUGUCAGCUAAAUGGCCAGUUUUCAAUAACCAAUUGUUUCAAUCCCAGU